GCUCCUCAGUAGAGAACUCUCUUUUCUUCGUUAGCAAGCUGGACGGAGAUCACCUCCAGACUAGAAUAGAACAAGACAUUAACCCAAAAAAUCGAAAGACAAAAGGAAGGAAGAAGGAGGUGGAGGAGGAGGAGGAAGAUGUCAAUGGCUAGCGAAAACGAGGAUGCUCGCCGCAAGUUGGCGAUGGCUGAGUACCGGAAAAAGCUCCUAAACCACAAAGAACUGGAAGGCCGAGUUCGGUCUGCCAGGGAGAAUUUAAGAGCUACAAAGAAGGAAUAUGCUAAAACAGAAGAUGAUUUGAAGUCACUCCAGAGUGUUGGGCAGAUCAUAGGCGAAGUACUGAGGCCUCUGGAUAAUGAACGUUUGAUAGUCAAAGCAAGCAGUGGCCCGAGAUAUGUGGUUGGAUGCCGCAGUAAGGUGGACAAAGACAAGCUUACAGCAGGGACCAGGGUGGUUCUUGAUAUGACAACACUGACAAUUAUGCGAGCUCUCCCUCGUGAGGUAGAUCCUGUUGUUUAUAAUAUGCUUCAUGAAGAUCCUGGAAAUGUUAGUUAUUCUGCUGUAGGUGGGCUGUCAGAUCAAAUCAGAGAACUGAGAGAAUCUAUCGAAUUACCUCUGAUGAAUCCUGAACUCUUCAUAAGAGUUGGCAUUAAACCUCCCAAGGGUGUACUUCUCUAUGGACCCCCCGGAACUGGAAAGACAUUGUUGGCCAGAGCAAUUGCUAGUAACAUAGAUGCCAACUUCUUAAAGGUUGUAUCAAGUGCUAUUAUUGAUAAGUAUAUAGGUGAGAGUGCAAGAUUGAUCAGGGAAAUGUUUGGUUAUGCCCGUGAUCACCAACCCUGCAUCAUAUUUAUGGAUGAGAUCGAUGCCAUUGGUGGACGUCGAUUUAGUGAGGGUACAAGUGCUGACCGUGAAAUUCAGAGGACACUUAUGGAAUUGCUGAACCAGCUUGAUGGGUUUGACCAGCUUGGGAAGGUUAAAAUGAUAAUGGCAACUAAUAGACCUGAUGUUCUGGACCCUGCACUACUUCGACCUGGUCGCUUAGACAGGAAAAUAGAGAUACCAUUACCUAAUGAACAGUCGAGAAUGGAAAUUCUCAAAAUACAUGCUGCUGGGAUAGCCAAGCAUGGCGAAAUUGAUUAUGAGGCUGUUGUUAAACUUGCUGAGGGAUUUAAUGGGGCUGACCUUCGUAAUAUCUGCACUGAAGCUGGAAUGUCUGCAAUUCGGGCAGAGCGCGAUUAUGUUAUUCAUGAAGAUUUUAUGAAGGCUGUGAGGAAACUGAAUGAAGCUAAGAAGCUUGAAUCAAGUGCUCAUUAUAGUACUGAUUUUGGGAAGGAUUAGGUGCCAGUUCUACAAGUUUGGUACCACUGGUGGAUGCAGUGUAUCCUCGUUUCAUCAGAUCCCUCUGAAAUGCCGCUUCCAAGGAGAUGCCUAUUCUGCAGCUGAUUGAAGAUUUUUCACAACCGGCACAGCCAUCUUAGUCUUUGUUACUUCAGACAAUGGGAAUGAUGAAUAUUGUUCAUUUGAGAGAAAUGCUUAUAUGCCCAUAAUCUGAAAGGUCACGAUAAUCUAUAUCAUUAACCAAAGAAUGGGAAUGAUGAA